UCCUUAAUCAAAUCAGCAAAUGAUGACGGGAAAGUGUUCAACGUGUAUUUUUCUAAAUUUGCAACCAGUCUAAUAAGUGCCGUUGGUGAUGUAGUGAGCUUUUUUCUUUACAUCAUAAUCCUCUCAAAUAAACAUUUCAAUUUGAUCAAGGUGGGCACUACGAAGAUGAUACUCUUUCGUAAAUUCCGAGUUUUAAUUCUCAUGGUGUUUCUGAUUGCGUGCACCAUGCAUAUUAUGAUUGACUUGCUACCAAAGCUAGAGAGACGAGCAGCAGGAUCUAACACGGGCAACAGCGCCUGCUCCUGCUCUCAUAGACCGAGCGAAGAGCCUCAGAGCUGGGGUAAGCAACGAGCCCGACCAGGAGCAGAAUCGGGCUGGCCUAAUAAGCAUACUUUGAGAAUCCUACAAGAUUUUAGCAAUGAGCCCAGUUCCAAUCUUACUUCCCACUCCCUCGAAAAGAUCACCGGGGCCGGGGAAAGAACCGAGGCUUUUAAAAAAAUGGAACACUACGCGCAGAAUGGAGAAACCAAGAAGCACUUCAUCCAGGACAUGAACGUCGUGAAGAAUCUACCUGUCAAGGGUUUUACCAGGUUAUCAACUCUCUUUGAACACCCUUUGUACAAGACAGCCCUUCCACCGCUUACCGACGAAGACACUUUAUUCAACGUCAACACGGACAUCAGGUUCAACCCGAAAGCAGCGGAGAAUCAAGAAUGGCACAAUGAAGGGAAUGAGGAGGAGUAUGCUCCAACUGGAGAGUCUUCUGCAGACUCUUACCCGAACUGGCUCAGAUUCCACAUUGGGAUUAAUCGCUACGAACUGUACUCCAGGCACAACCCAGUCAUGGAUGCUCUGCUGAAGGACCUAGUCUCUCAAAGAAUCACCAGUGUUGCCAUGAAGUCUGGUGGCACCCAGCUGAAGCUUAUCAUGACAUUCCAGAACUACGGACAGGCGCUGUUUAAGCCAAUGAAACAAACAAGGGAACAAGAGACACCCCCGGACUUCUUCUACUUCUCUGACUUUGAGAGGCACAACGCUGAGAUUGCGGCCUUUCAUCUGGAUAGGAUCCUGGAUUUUCGACGUGUCCCACCAGUGGCCGGAAGGCUGGUUAACAUGACGAAGGAGAUCCGGGAUGUAACCCGCGACAAGAAGCUGUGGAGGACCUUUUUUGUGUCCCCAGCCAACAACAUCUGCUUUUAUGGGGAGUGCUCCUACUACUGCUCCACAGAGCAUGCUCUGUGUGGGAAGCCAGAUCAGAUCGAAGGCUCACUGGCUGCCUUCCUACCGGACCUGGCUCUGGCCAAACGCAAGACCUGGAGGAACCCUUGGCGACGAUCCUACCACAAGCGCAAGAAAGCAGAGUGGGAGGUUGACCCCGAUUACUGUGAAGAGGUCAAACAGACGCCUCCCUAUGACAGUGGCACGCGUCUUCUGGACAUCAUGGACAUGACUAUUUUCGACUUUCUGAUGGGAAAUAUGGAUCGUCAUCACUAUGAAACAUUCGAGAAGUUUGGAAAUGAGACCUUCAUUAUCCACUUGGAUAAUGGCAGAGGGUUUGGAAAGCACUCCCAUGAUGAGGUCUCAAUUCUUGUGCCUUUAAGCCAAUGCUGCCGAGUGAAGAAGUCGACCCACCUGAAGCUCCAGCUGCUGGCAAAGGAAGAGUACAAGCUGAGCGCCCUGAUGGCGGAGUCCCUGCUGAAGGACAGACUGACCCCCGUCCUCAUCCAGCCUCACCUGGACGCCAUGGACCGUCGACUGCGCCUGGUCCUCAAGGUGCUGGCCGACUGCAUCGAGAAGGAGGGCUACUCCAACGUGGUGGAGGAUGACCUGGACGGGGAGAGAGUUCACACGGCCACCAGCAGGAGGUAGUAGGCCUGGACUGGAGAGAGCCUGCUCCCCACACCACCACCCUCGACCACUGAGACACACCCCGUGGAAGUCUUGCAAGAGACGCUCUUAUUUAUGCUACUUUUUGAAUUCAGUGAAUUCCAAGACUCCUUUAUUCCUCUAU